CCGCCCUUAUAAACGAAUACCUACCAGCCUUGGUAAUAUGCGCGCCCUGAUUGCCGGAGGAAGAGCCAAGACAUAAUAGUCAUCCCCUGGCAAGGAAACAAGUCAUUUUUUCUUCACAAUGGCGCCACACGCCGACCGGGACGACAACGAGGAGACCAUCGUGCGCCUGCCGGCCCCCGAGCGGCCGCCCUUCUCGGCCUCGCCCCCGCGGAUCCUCAUCAUCGGCGGCGGCAACCGUGGCAUCGUGUACUCCAAGGCCAUCAAGAAGUCGACCAACGGCGUGAUCGUGGGCGUGGUCGAGCCCAUCGCCGUCAAGCGGCGCCACAUCGGCCGCAGGUACAUCUGGGGCUCGGGCGAGCCGGCCGAGGGCCAGGAGUUCGAGACGUGGACCGAGUACGUGCGGUGGGAGAAGGAGCGCCGUGCCCGGGCCGCGGCCGGUGAGGCCGGCGUCCCCGAGGGCGUCGAUGCAGUCUUCAUCUGCGUGCAGGACCAGUUGCACCGCCAGGCUGUGCUGGACUUGAAGCCGCUGGAUCUGCACAUCAUGUGUGAGAAGCCGCUCGCACCGAACCUGGACGACUGCUUGGACAUAUAUAGGGCUCUCUUGCCCGAAUCGUCACAAACCCCGUCAAAGCUCUUCUCCAUCGGCCAUGUUCUCCGCUACAGCCCCCAUAACAUGCUGCUGCGAAAGCUAUUGGUCGAGGAUAAGGUAAUCGGCGAGGUCCAGGCUGUCAACCAUACAGAGCCCGUGGGUUGGAACCAUUUCACCCAUAGCUAUGUGAGGGGAAACUGGCGAAAGGAGUCCACGUCCGCACCAUCCCUCCUCGCAAAGUCGUGUCAUGACAUAGACCUAUUGUACUGGCUCCUGGCGGCCGGCCCAACAGGCUCCUCCAAGCCAGCCCACGUGCCCAAGGACAUCUCCUCGUCCGGGUCCCUCCAGCACUUCAAGCAGUCCCGCAAGCCAGCGGAGGCGGGCAGCGCGACAAACUGCAUGUCCUGCGCGUUCGAGCCGUCCUGCCAGUUCUCAGCCAAGCGGAUCUACACCAGCCCCCAGCUCAAGAGCGAGAACCAGGACCGCUGGGCCCGCAUCGCCUGCCCGGAGAUGGAGGAGUGCAUCGCCGAGGGCGGCCCCGCCGCCGGCCAGGCGGCGCUGCUCGCGACGCUCUCGGAGGACUACGACGCGUCGGCCACGCCCGCGGCCGAGGUCAGCAGCCGCAACUGGUUCGGGCGGUGCGUCUACGAGGCCGAUAACGACGUGUGCGACAACCAGACCGUGACGCUCACCUGGGACGACGACCCGGUGGGAGAGGCCACCGGGCCCGCGGCGCUGGCCGGCAGGGGCAGCAAGACGGCGACCCUGCACAUGGUGGCGUUCACCAGGAAGAUCUGCCAGCGCCUCACGCAUAUCUACGGCGCGGACGGCGAGAUCACCGCCGACAGCUCGUCCAUCACGGUCGAGGACUUCCGGACCGGCGGCAGGCAGGUGUUCUACCCGUACGUGCCCAAGGGGGGCGGGCACGGCGACGCGGACGAGGGGCUCGCCCGCCAGUUCGUGCUGGCCGUCGACAAGGUCAAGAACCACGGCUGGGACGUGGCGCGUGCGCAGAAGGAGUACAUGGGCUGUUCAUUGGAGGAUGUCAUCAUGAGCCACAGCAUGGUGUUUGCGGCAGAGGACGCGAGGAAGGGCAGGGCUGUGGUUGACUUCCCUAAGUGGUGGGAGGGCAAUGUUGUUGGGAGGCUGUGAGACCUGCGUGUGGCGUCGAGAGCUCCUGCUUCCAGACAGUCCGUACCAAUAAAUAAGAAGGCUUCAUAUGAAGCCGAUCGAACAAGAGCUUCUCCAUUGA